UUCAUGCACUGCGGUAGAGAAGGCGGUCGCCAUUUUGUGGAGGUGUGAGAUCUGAACAAUCGCGAAAAUUCGGGGAAAAUUCCACCAGAAACAGCCAACAUGAGCGACACUAACGGCGAAUACGAAGAGCGGAGGGAGAGCACUGGUAGACGAUCCAAGGGAUCUGCACCGAGAUCUGCGUCCCGUUCAGCCUCGCGAUCCCGAUCUCCCAGCGGAUCUAACCGCUCGUACUCCCGUUCUCCAUCCGCUCGCGCCGCGUCGAGAUCCCCUUCGCGAUCACGGUCACGAUCAGCCUCCAGAUCUCCGAGCCCACGCAAGCAUUCCAGGGCCUCCAGAUCCCGUUCUCGCUCGCGCUCGUAUGACCGCCGCCGGCGCUACAGUCGCUCUCGAUCCAGGUCCAGGUCUCGUAGGAGAUACAGAUCUCGCAGCAGAAGUCCACGCCGCAGCAGUUACUAUGGCAGCAGCUACGGAGGCAGCCGCUACCGGCGCAGCCACAGCCGGUCCCCCAUGUCUAACCGCCGCAGACAUGUCGGCAGCAGGGAAAAUCCAACAACCGGCGCCUGCCUGGGUGUCUUUGGACUGAGUCUGUACACCUCGGAGAGGGAUCUUCGUGAAGUCUUCUCCCGCUAUGGCCCACUGCAGGAAGUACAAGUUGUCUACGACCAAAAGACCGGCCGCUCUCGAGGGUUUGCCUUUGUGUACUUCCAAACUACUGAAGAUGCAGUUGAGGCCAAGGACCGUACCAAUGGAAUGGAGGUGGAUGGACGCCGCAUCCGAGUAGACUACUCCAUCACAGAGAGAGCUCACACCCCUACACCAGGCAUCUACAUGGGACGACCCACCACGGGGGGUGAUCGAGGAGAUCGGGGAGACCGCGGGGACCGGGGUGAUCGCGGGGGUGACCGUUACGACCGUGGGGAUCGCUACGACCGAGGGGGUGGUGGCGGCGGCGGCGGCUACAGAGACCGCGAUCGUGACAGGGACUACUACCGGCGGUCGCCCUCGCCGUACUACCGUGGCUCCCGGCGCUACUAUUCCCGCUCUCGUUCCCGCUCUUACUCGCGCUCACCACGUCGCUACUAAAAACACAAUAUCACGCUGAAAAGCAAAAUCAGUCGCAAUAGACUUAAGGCAUUUUGUGAGCAUGUGGCAUUUGUAUCACGCCGUGGUGGACGACUAAAGUGGUAUAACGAUUGAGGGACAAUGUGACAGUUAUGUACCAGCAGUAGUGUCCAAUGCUUUUUCUUAGUCAGUGUGCCUCUCCUAUGCCCACUCACAAAACUUGCACACAAAUUUGAACUCCCAGAUUGGAAACAAAACAAAUUCAAGCAAUUAGAAAUCUUGCACACAAUUGGAUUGAUUUGGCUAAGCUUCAAAAAGACACGUUACAGCAUAGAUUUGAGUGAGGUAUUGUUGACUUCAAAUGUUGUAGAGGUGGUUUUUGAAGGUCCUGACUUAAAAAAAAAACGUUCUUGAAAAUGUGAUUUUUGUUUGGGUCAGUAUCAAAUUUGAACCUGUCAUAUUCCGCUCUUUUGUUAUAGGCUGAAUGGCCAAUAUGAUACUGAAUUUGUUGGUUGAGGAUGUAUGAUAAAGAAAUGUUGGCUCUUUUUUAUUAGGUAUAGUGGGCAUUUUGAGGGUUGACACUGACUAUGUUAAAGACCCUGCAAGGCUUUUUUGAUGUAGAUGCUCUAUAACAUUGUGCAUUACCCUAUGGUGUUCUGUAUGAGAAAUUGUAACACCCAAAGCUCUCAAUGUAGGCACACACUUUGCAAGAGCAAAAAGUAUUCCAAAAAUGGCAUUGUACGUUUACUACUAGUAUUGUAGAAACAUUCCAUUUUUAACCCUUUUUUUAAAUAAUGAUCAAGGAGUUCGGAUAGAGCAUUUCUUUUCCAUUGCCAAGUGUUUGGUGUGUUUGUGAAAUGCAAAGAUGGAGUUGUUCCUGUUUUCACAAUGUAACUAAUGUAUCGAGAAAAAAUGUUCUGCCACAUGGCUUUAGAAGGAAGGUUGGUGGGCCUUGCUGAAAAAAAAAAUUGAAUACCACUUAAUAAUGUAGCCGUUAUAUCCUUGAGAUGGAUUCUUGUACCUGUUUUUAUUGUUUUUC